ACUAGCAGUUGCAGAGCAGCCGGUCUAGAUGCUUUGUCGUUAUUCCUGUGAGCUGUGCAUUACAGUGGUCUAUCUGACUGGAAAUAAAAGCAUAGAUAAGUUUUUCAGCGUCUUCCUGGGAUAAAAUGCUCCUUAUAUUCGCGAUAUUUCUAAAAUGAUCAAAUCUGGGUUUAAUUACACUAUUAGUGGCUCUGGAAAGUGAAGUCAGUGUCCAGGAUGACGGCAAGGCUUUAGACCUGUGUGACAUUCUCCAGAGACAGCUGAGACAAUUUAAAGGAGAUUUCCUGUCUGUUCUUGUGUGUUUUGAUUGAAUAUUUAAUCAAGAGCUGAAAAGUACAGCUGAAUCAGCACAUAAGUGACAUUAUUCAUUCUUCGAGUGGUUGGAUAUUUUAUGACCUUUUUUUUUUUUUUUAACGCAGAUUUUCAUUCAUUCAUUUCACAACAAUCCCAUUGAGCACCCAUUACUGCAGAAGUGCCCGGGGACUCUGGGGCCACGCCUAUGGGUGCGUUAUAAGAGCAGAGAUACAUCCAUGGCCACGCCUGAAAUCGGGGCUGGUCCUCCGCCUUGUUCAGAGUCUGCGCACAGUCAACUGUUUGUGGAAUGCAGUUUUGUAAGUGCAAACAUCUGAGGCGUAGUGUAUGUUUCCCCCCAAUUAUUACGUAAAUAGUCACGUAAUCAUCCAUUUGAAUUCAGCAACUGGAUUACUUCAGGGAAACUUUUGUUUUUUUUAAAAAACAACAACAACAAAAAAAUCUCACGAUGUUCGAGCAGACGUUCAAGAACUUCAUUAUGAAUUUUACCGCUUUGAACGAGAGGAAUACAGUCAGCAGUGGCGACCUGAUAAGAGGAAAUCUCUCCUUCGAGCUCUCAAAGGAGAUAAAGAUCACUUCAAUAAUGAUGACACUGACUGGAAUGGCGCGUGUCCACUGGUCCACCGGUGGAGGAGGAGGAAGAAAAAGGAGAAGCCAUAGGAGACACUUCAAUGCAAAACUGGACUUCUUCAACUUAAAAACCGCUAUCGUGCAAGAAAACAAUGCUGUUGGUGGCACAUCAAGACUUCCGCCUGGCACGCAUGUGUAUCCAUUUACAUGUCAGCUUCCUCAGGGAGACUUCCCGACUACCUUCAGUGGGGCUCAUGGAAAAAUAACGUACGCCUUGACAGUCAGCAUCUACAGACCCUGGCGUUUGUCCAAAGACUUUGUGACAGAAUUGAACUUUGUAAACCGGAUUAAUACCAACGAGCCAGAGCUGCAGGCUCCCCUCUCAGGCACCAACAGCAUGACACUGUGCUGCCUGUGGUGUACCUCAGGGCUUAUCACAAUAAAAGCGAGUUUGGAAAAGAAAGCCUUCGUCCCAGGUGAGACUGUGAGAAUAUUCUGCAUGUGCAGUAAUGGUUCAUCUCGAACAGCUACACCAAAGGCGAAGCUGCAGCAGAAGCAAUUUUUCUACACCCACAACAAGUCCCAUCAAAGACUAGUUCAGAGAAAUCUGGUGUGUGUGACUGGACAGCCCAUCAGCGCUCAAAUCUCUGACGUGCGCACUGAGAUCAUGCUCACUAUUCCCAACUUAACGGCACUCACCAUCUCCAACUGCAGCAUCCUGAAGGUUGAUUACAUGAUUGAGUUAACCUUUGGAGUAAGAGCUUCCCCCGACCUCACAGUGCUGUUUCCCAUCAUCCUUUGCGACACCCCUGUACAGUCUCUUCCCCCAACUUAUCAGUGAGUAUAUUUGAGAAUAUCUUGAAAUGUUUCAAAUGCUCUUUGGUUAUGUUGUUCUAUUUCACGAUGUACUGUAAUUUCUCUGUCUGACAUGUUACUGGGAGAGCGUUAUUCCUCAAGGUCUUUGUAUCAGGUUCAGUUGGGACCUGUACCACAAAGCAAGUUCAACAUACCCAAGAUAUCUUUGCUAUCUGGCUUCACUGAGCGUAACAUUGGCCAUCCAGAUAACAAAGCUGGCUAUCAAACAUCUCAGUAAACUCUGGGUUUUCCUAUCAGCACCGAGCAUGUUCAUGUGGAAGAGGCAGGGUUGUUAAUUAUGAGCAGCAUCAUCAGAACCAUGAAUGAAGAACUUCAUAUGAUAUGAGAUGAAACAGUGGUACUAAAUACCUGCAGAACAAUUUUGUGUCAGGGACAGAAAAAAGUCAUAUUCAAUGAAGUGAAAUGUAAACGAGCCUUUAAUCGUACAACAGAAUAAGAAGCUGCAGA